AUGCGGGCGCUGCGAGGGCCGCGCCCAGCUCAGGUCGACGUACUGCUCGUCAACCCAAUCGCACCGCAGCGUGAGCUUCGGCAUCGAGGCGAAGUAGUUCGCCGCGCUCCAAACCCCAAACCGCCGGCCCACCGCCUCGGAGAGCGUCUGCACCCGGUAAAACCGAUCGCAGCGAAGCCCGGCGAGCUGGAAUUGGGUCGUCGAGGCGUCGAAGCGCUUGAGCAGGUAGUAGAGGCCGUUUUCCCGCAGCCCGUCGAACUCGGCGAGGUACUCCGGCGGGACGUCCGCCUCGGCCUCGGCCUCGGCCUCCUGCGACCCAUCGAUCGUCAGCGACAGCAUGUUGCCCUGGAGGAGCCAGCCCAAGGACUGCUCACGCGAGACGGCCUCGGGGUCGUCCGCGGCGGGGGGUGCCGUGGCGGCCGCGGGGAGGUUCCCCGCCUCCUCAGCCCCCUCCGGGAUCUCCUCCACGCGAAGGUAAAACGCGGUGAUUUGGACAUCGUUCUGGAGCACGUGCAUGUCGUUGUUGUAGUCGACCCGGCGUGA